AUGUGGCAUUUGAGCCGCAGAUUUCCGAUCAAUCGAGUGUUUCCGCCGCAAAAUGAGUUCGAGUAUGGUGUGGACAGGGAUGCGGAUCUUUUAUUGACCGGAGGCGACUUUGCCUCAAGUCCGCAUCGAAUGCUGUAUACGCAGAUCAGAGCAGUAAGUCUCUUAAUAUUUUUAUAAUAGGAUUUAUGUCAGAUCUAGCAAGUUGCAAUGGGUUAAAAACGAGUUUAUAUUAUUCAUGGGCUAGUUGAAGGAAGGGUAAGAUCAGAUGUCAAUUUCUCGAGGCCUAACGGCAAGAUCUUCAUGAAACUUGGCUAGUAUUUCUCUAUAGAUAUCUGAGUAUAUUUAGAAUGGGGUUUAGAUCAUAUCUAACAAGUUGUAGGGGGUUAAAAUGAGAUUAUAUUAUUCAUGGGUUAGCUGAAGGAAGGGUAAGGUCAGAUGUCAAUUUCUCGAGGCCUAACGGCAAGAUCGUGAUGAAACUUGGCUAGUAUUUCUCUAUAGAUAUCUGAGUAUAUUUGGAAUGGGAUUUUAGACCAGCGCAGCAAAUUUCAAGAGGUGAAAAACGAGUUUAUAUUAUUCAUGAGUUAGCUGAAGGAAGGGUAAGAUCAGAUGUCAAUUUCUCGAGGCCUGAUGGCAGGUUCUUGAUAAAACUUGGCUAGUAUGUUCAUUAAGGACUCUAAAUCAAACUCCAAAAUUAUUAUAUUUUACAAUGUAAAUUUAGCUAAUAUAUUCAAAUUUUUUAGGCUUUGCAAAUUUUUUUGAUUAAUUUAUUUUAUUUUAUUUCCAGGAUGACGCCACCCCCGAAAUUAAUUCCUGGCGGAUCCUAGGCCUCUCCGUUGUCCUCUCCUUGACUUGUAUGCUAUUCAUCUUCUAUGUUUUAAAACUAAUCUGGACCAAAUUUGGAGUGAAUCCCAGCGAAGCCGAAGAUUUAAUCCCGGAAUCGCCGUCGGAAGAGACACUGAUCGAGGAAACGGAAUUCUGCUAUGGAACAAUACCUUGA